AGUGUCCCUCUCUGAUCCCACACAGGGCUCAUUCUAAGCCCGGAGACUUGUGGAGAAGAGGCCGAUGCUGAUGCAGCUUUUAAAGGCAGGAAAAUAACAAAGCCAAACUGACACCAUGAGUAUGAACUACGCGUCUGCGGCGCCCACGCACAGGUCCACGUCGUUUUUCAUUGAGGACAUCUUAUUGCACAAACCCAAGCCGCUGAGAGAGGUCCUUCCCUCGCCGUUCUGCAGCUCCCUGGCCUCCCGGAUGCCCCUCCUGGAGUAUGGAUACCCACUGAUGCCAACCCCAAUACUGGCGCCACAUCCGCACCAUGCUCUACACAAGCCAGAGCAUCAUCAGUACUUCUUCACUUCUGGGAUGCAGAUGCCAACCUUGUUCCAGCACCACGCAGAGCUACCGGGGAAGCACUGCAGACGCCGGAAGGCCCGGACGGUCUUCUCCGACUCGCAGCUGUCUGGCCUGGAGAAGAGGUUCGAAAUCCAGCGGUACCUGUCCACACCGGAGAGAGUGGAGCUGGCCACGGCGCUCAGCCUGUCCGAGACACAGGUAAAAACGUGGUUUCAGAACCGGCGGAUGAAGCACAAGAAGCAGCUGCGGAAGGCGCAGGACGAGCGGAAGCCCGCCGGGGAGCAGGACCCAUCCGCGGACAACUCCAGCGGCAGCGAGCUGAACGACGGGAGCGCGGAGGAGCGGAAACACGGCCUGGAGCCGGACUCGUACCUGCUGGAGGAAAACGACGACGACGACGUGGAUAUCGAGGAAGACAUUUGUUCCCCGGAUCAUCUACUAUAGUAGGCUGCACAUUGUUUUAUAAGCAGCGACUUCCACACUGUAAAUGCUCUGUAGAUAACACUGCCCCCCCCUCCCAUUACACACAUACUGUAUAUAUAGGCUAGAUAACUGUUUUAAAACAAGGGGGAUAAUAUACAAUACUAUGUUCAUAUUUAUUCAAACAUGCAAAGCGGGCCCAUUGAUUUUUAACAAUUGCCCCUUUACCUCUAUGCUGAAUUUUGGUGUUGUUAGUCUGACAAAACACAGAAUAUAUCACGC